GUUUGCAUCAUUCCUAAAAUAAAUAAUUUGUAAUGUAACAGAAAGGAAUCAUAAUUUCCAGUUUUCGUCACCAAAUGUGUGUAAAACAAGUGUUAAGCAUACAUAAAUAAUAUGCAACGAUCAAAAGAAAUUAAUUAGUUUCAUUUUAUUCGGGAAACACCACAAAGUAGAUAAUGAAAUUUAAUUUUUAUUAUUUACCAUUUUCUUCAUUUUACUUUUCGAAACAUAUUUAGUCAACCUAAAAUAUACAAAUACACUUGUCCUAGAAUUUCUCGUUCUCUGAGGAACAGAAGCAGGAAUAAAUUAGUUUUCACAAAACUUAUAUUUAGGUUUUGUACUAAAGACAAAUACAGAUUAAGUUCAUACUAAUCAUUUAAUGGUUAAUCAUUUAUAUAUUUUACGCAUAUUUAAAAUAUUAAAAAAAAACUAUGUAAUCCUGGUAGUUUUGGGCCAGAAAAAAAGAAACAAAAGUGUGACAACAAAAGAAAUGACGCGAGAUUCUGCAGUUUCUCGAGAUCGGGGUAUUGUUGUUGUAUCGGAGAACGCAAAUAUAACAAUGACAAACUCUCAAACUGGUCAACCAAAUACGGAAGAUAUCAAUCAACAAAUCUUAGAAUUGAGGAAAGAACAGGAAUUUCAAAAACAAAAACUAUGGCAGGCAUUUCAAGAAAAAAACAAAGAGCUUGAAUUGCAACAUAAGCUUCAAUUGGAACAUAAAUUACAAUAUGUGGCGUACCUUCAAUAUGGCGUAUUCCAGGAAUUAAGAGAACAACGGCUUGCGGAAGAGCAACAGCAGCGGGAACGAAGGGAAAGAGAUGCUUUAAGACAACAAAAGGAAAAACCGCAAAAUUGUAGCGCAAAUGCUAGCACAGAAGUAAAACAAAAAUUACAAACAUUUUUGAUGCAAAAAAAACAAGCAGCUGCCUCAAAUGGCAUAUCCAUGCCUAAUUCAUCUCCUUACAGGAAUUGGGGAGUGAUAAAAAGUUCAUCUGGAGAAUCAUUACCUAAUUCAGGUGCUGCAGUUGGCUCACAUCCAUAUAAAAUACCUCAACCUCAAACUGUUAUUUCAAAAUACGAUUCAGACUAUCCAUUAAGAAAAACAGCGUCUGAGCCAAAUUUGCUGAAGAUUCGCCUGAAGCAGAGCGUUAUUGAACGCAAAGCACGUGCAGGUCCUUUAGGAAGUAAGCGACAUGAAAGGAUACUUCAAGCAGCGCAACGUAGGCAAAAACACCAUAACCAACAUGUAAAUAGUACAAAUUCAACAGCUGACUCUAGCCCCACAUCACCACCAAUUAUUGGUUCGAGAAACUCACCAACGAGCGCUCCAAUCGCUGAAGAAAAUGAAGAUCAGUCUUAUGGCAGUGCUUCGCGGUCAAAUAUUAAUGAUUUGUCAUUAUUUAGUUCACCUUCAAUGCCAAAUAUAUCAUUGGGGAGAUCGCAUUUUCUCAACGCUCACAAUGUAAAUCAAAUGGCCCUACUUGCCCAGUUGCAUAGUAAUUCCACACACUCGAUUUCUGGAAACCCAUCAGGAUCCUCUAGCUCUCAGCAGCAGCAACAACAACAACAACAACAAACUUAUUUACCUUUAGAACUCGCCGAAGUUCCACAAGGUGUAAUGAUUCCUCCACCCACUAUGCAUUUGACCACCUCACAAUUAGCAGUAUCUAAUCAAAGACAUGCUCUUUCAAUUUAUGGACAUCCUCAACCGAUAACCGAUGCGCAAGUAGCACAAGCACGUCUUUAUAAGCAGGGACAUCGUCCUUUGGGUCGAACUCAAUCAGCUCCUCUCCCAUUAGGACAUCCCAUGUUGACGGGCGCUAUUCAUAUGCAAAUAAAUCCGACACACUAUGAAAACAGUGAGGCUGAGAGACAAGCGUAUGAUGCACAGAUGCAACUGAAACAAAGAAUUCGUCCAUCGCCAUUCAACAGAUCUGGGUCAAACAACAUCCUUAAAGAAGAAGAUAUCAAUGAGGCUAUUGAUUUAACCGACAAAAGUGGUCCACCACGUUCUAGCGUGACAAACAACAGUAAUAACUGCAUUACUGGUGAAGAUGACGCCAAAAUGCGGGAUCAAGAAUACUUACAACAACAGCGAGAAAUUUUGAUUCACAAUUCUAUAGCGGCACAAAUGCAGUGUGCUAAUUCAGAAGACUUAUCUAAGUACCACCGCACACCUCACCACAUCCGUCCCUUAUCACGUACCCUUUCUAGUCCACUUGUAGUAACAUCACAACAACUUCCGUCAUUGUCUUCACAAAGUCAUUCUAUAGGAGAUACAAGCCAGAGCAGCAGUGAACACUUGCCUCCACCAGUCAACUUGUCUAUUUCGGAAAAUAAAUCACCCGAACUUUCAUCUUUGUCCUAUAGUUCUUCAUUAUCAAUCAAGCCCACAACUGGCCUAGCGUUCGAUAGUUCAAUGUUGAAACAUGCCUGUGUAUGUGGAGAUAACUCGUCGCAUCCUGAGCACAGUGGACGGUUACAAAGUGUUUGGGCGCGACUUAUGGAAACAGGAUUAGCACUCCGUUGUGACCGGUUGAGGUCACGCAAGGCCACACAAGAAGAGCUUCAAGUGGUCCACACAGAAACACAUGCAACACUCUUUGGAGCCAGUCAGAUAAAUCGACAAAAGCUUGAGGCCAGUCGUGUGAGUUUUGUGCGAUUAGCUUGCGGUGGAGUAGGAGUUGAUCUUGAUACAACAUGGAAUGAGCACCAUACCGGAACAGCGGCUCGUAUGGCAGCAGGUUGUGUUAUAGAUCUGGCCUUCAAGGUUGCACGCGGUGAUAUCAAAAAUGGAUUUGCUAUAGUUCGCCCUCCCGGCCACCAUGCAGAACCUAACGCUGCAAUGGGAUUUUGUUUCUUCAACUCGGUGGCGAUAGCAGCUCGUUUAUUAAAACAGCGGCUGCCCGAUAUUCGACGCAUAUUAAUUGUCGAUUGGGAUGUCCAUCACGGCAAUGGAACGCAACAAGUGUUCUACGAGGAUCCCGAUAUUUUGUAUUUGUCAAUUCAUCGACACGACGAUGGAAACUUUUUCCCUGGCACUGGUGGACCAACAGAAUGCGGUGUUGGAAGUGGAUUGGGCUUUAAUGUAAACAUACCGUGGUCAAGCGGUUUAAACCCACCGAUGGGAGAUGCCGAAUAUUUAGCUGCUUUUCGAACAAUAGUUUUACCAAUAGCACGCGAAUUCUCUCCAGAUAUUGUAAUUGUAUCAGCAGGUUUUGAUGCAGCGGUUGGCCAUCCGGCACCUCUAGGUGGAUAUGUUGUCUCUCCGGCAUGUUUUGGACAUCUGACAAGACAGUUGACUCAACUUGCAAAUGGCAAGGUCGUGCUUGCACUUGAAGGUGGAUAUGAUUUGCCUGCCAUUUGUGAUUCUGCUCAAGAGUGUGUAAAAGCACUUUUGGGUGAUGAAAUUGCUCCAAUAAGUGAUAUUGAACUACGAAGAACUCCUUGUCCGUCUGCCGUUGAGACUCUUCAAAAAACAAUAGCUAUACAAAUUACAUAUUGGCCUUGUUUAAAACAAUUAGUUCAUACAGUCACAUUAUCUACUUUGGAAGCACUUUCGAGCGAGAGGGAUGAGUCAGAGACUGUUAAUGCUAUGGCUGGUUUAUCAAUGCAGCCGCCCAAUCGGACAACGAAAAUAACAACAGAAGAACCGAUGGAUCAAGAUGAAUUAAAAUAAGAUUGUCGAUUAAACAUCACAGAAAAAUUAGUUCAUGAUAAGUUUUUCAAAUUGAAAAAUGUGAAUAUCUGCAUUUUGGUAAUAAUUUGUAUUGCUUUGAAAUUGCAUACAUAAAAUUGAUUAGCACCUUAAACUGCCCACAUUGAGAUGUGUAACAUUAAGAAGAAAGAAGUUGCUACUUAUUCGUAUUUAAUAUGAAUAGUAUGUAUAUGUUUAUUGAAAAGCACUGAAUAUGUUAAUGUUAUAACAAAUUCUUGAAAAUCAUUGUAAAGUCAUUCAUGACAUUUCAAUUAAAUCAGACACUGGCCUUUAAAGUCUUUUUGAAUUAUAUAGAUAAAAAAUAAGUGAAGUUACAAAAUGUUGUUACUCAAGUUUUACACAUUUACACUUUUUAAAACUCAAAAAUAUUUAAGAAAAGAGAAUGGAAUAAGCACAAUUACACACAUUUCAGCAUAUUUACUCUGAAUGCUGAAAUUAAAUAUCAUAUGCAGCAAAAGUCAGUGCUAAAUUAAAUCUGAUAGGUAGUUUAACUUUAUGGUUUUAAUAUUUAUCAUAGUUACUAAAAAUUUCUGUUAUUGUUUUUUUUUUGUCAAAUACAAUAUAUUACCAAUACUUUUGUACCCUCCAAAAACACAAAUUAAUCCAUGUCAAAUCUUUAUAUAAUACAAUUAAACCAUUGAGGUUCAAAAUCAAUUCAAUGUGGAAUCAAUGCUAUCA